CUCAUCAAUGCCAGCGGCGAGGGCAUGCACAUGGCUUCGAACAUGGUCAAGCUGUCAGUGAGCAAGGCUGCUGAUAAGCAAUGAGCAGAAAGAGAUGAGCAACAGCCUGAUCCUCGUCCUCCAAAGCGAACAACAAUCACAGAUGCCAAUCUGAGGGGACCCACUAGAUUUAAUGAGGCCUGAAAAGACAAACAUGGUUUCACAGAGAUAACCAAGAAACAUAGAUUUUACACGAAUACUUGUUGUGUAUUCCUGCAGAUUGUUGACAAGACCUGGUUGAAUUAUGCAACAAGCUCACUGCGAAAUAUCAGCCCCAGAAAGGGAUGAAAGGACCUGCGAAAACGAGGAAACAAGUUUUCAAUCAAAUGAACAUGAUCAGAAGCACCAGAAGCCGGUCAGUUCUCUCAAACCUUCCCACCAUCACAUUUCAAACAAAGGCAGAACAAACAAAACAAUAAAUAUUCGUUUGAAAGCACAUCCUAGAAGCGUUCAUCGAGCGUCGAACCAUGAAGUUGGCAAGCAUUGGUACCUGGGGAUGUUUUUACUGCUGCAUGUACUUUCAGUAAGCCUCCUGUACAAGAGCAUGCUCACAAAGAUUGAAGGCGAGAGGCAGAUUAACACCGGGAGGCUCCAAGUUGAGAUAGAGAGGCGCAACGCGAUACUUUCUGAACACAAGUCAGAUUGCAACCAGCAAAUCCAGACCCUGCAGGCACUUUUAAGAAAUUCCAAAGGUUUCCUCUGGGACA